UGCUUGCCAUGUUUCAGGCUGGAAUCGUACUCUUGCAAAAUGGUGCAAAGUGAUAAGAAACAGUGGAAAACAUUUGGAGGGCCAAGCGAGAAUGAUAAUGCUCAUGAAAGACAGCCUCUUUCUCCACCUGACGAUUUCCUAUGCAUAUCUGCCUCGCCUAUUGGUCAUUCCGGUAGGAUGCGCCACCUUUCCGAAGCAGGACAAUCUGGCUCGGAGACCGACUUCGUUCUUCUGGAUUCGAUAUCAAAGCGGACACUGUUCGACUUGAUAGGCGUUUUGAAUAUAGCGUAUCCAGACUACGAUUUCAGUAAUGUCAAGAGUAGCAGUUUCUCUCUCAUCCCAAGUGUCGAUCAGAUUUCUGAUUUGCAUUUUCGCGAAGAAGGUUUUGACUUAAUGACCCAGGUUUUCUUUCUGUUUAGCUUCAAGUCGAACUAUUCGGAUGAUCCGUUUUCGGAAGACGGUUGUCUGUGGUGGUUGAAUUUCUUCUUCCACAACAAAACUUUGAAGCGCGUGUUGUUGUUAUCCUGUCGCGCGAUGUCUCAGAGUGCUGCUGUUAGUGACCCAUUAUGGGAUCUGGAUGAAGAGUGAUUAUGAUUUACUUGAAAUCGCUGAUGAUGUUUUUACCAGUCAUGUUUAA